GCAUUGUAUCAGUGAAAAUUCUGCUGCGGAUAGAGCAUUGUUUUUUAAAACCUGGGAGAUGCUAUUUAAGGAUAUAUGUGUUCCUUUCAAAUUAUUAGUUAAAUGUUGCGGAAGUGCUGCUGAAAGGGCCAGAGAUGCAAGGAUUUGGGACACAUUUUGAACCUUUAAGCUGUCUGACAUUGACCUCCUUUUAUUAUUAAUAAAGAAGAAGCAGGAGCUUAGGAUGUAUUAACACCAGUUCAUUUAUAUACUAACCGGACAGUGUUCUGCAACAAUUCUACAUUGUAAAGAACUGGAUUGGCACAAAAUAAAAUAAUUUCAUAUUAUACUCAGCUUAUAAUAUGACUCGAUGGAGGAAAAUUUGAUAAGCAUGAGGGAAGACCAUUCUUUUCAUGUUCGUUACAGAAUGGAAGCUUCUUGCCUGGAGCUGGCCUUGGAAGGGGAGCGGCUGUGUAAAUCAGGAGACUGCCGUGCUGGGGUGUCCUUCUUUGAAGCUGCAGUUCAAGUUGGAACUGAGGACCUAAAAACACUCAGUGCUAUUUACAGCCAGCUGGGCAAUGCUUAUUUCUAUUUGCAUGAUUAUGCCAAAGCAUUAGAAUACCACCAUCACGAUUUAACUCUUGCAAGGACUAUUGGAGACCAGCUGGGGGAAGCCAAAGCUAGUGGUAAUCUGGGAAACACCUUAAAAGUUCUUGGAAAUUUUGAUGAAGCCGUAGUUUGUUGUCAGCGACACCUAGAUAUUUCCAGAGAACUUAAUGACAAGGUGGGAGAAGCAAGAGCACUUUACAAUCUUGGAAAUGUGUAUCAUGCCAAAGGGAAGAGUUUUGGCUGCCCUGGUCCUCAAGACGCAGGUGACUUUCCGGAAGAAGUGAGAAGCGCUCUGCAGGCAGCUGUGGAUUUUUAUGAGGAAAACCUGUCACUAGUGACUGCUUUGGGUGACAGAGCUGCCCAAGGACGUGCCUUUGGAAAUCUUGGAAACACACAUUACCUCCUUGGCAACUUCAGGGAUGCUGUGAUAGCUCAUGAGCAGCGUCUCCUUAUAGCAAAAGAAUUUGGGGAUAAAGCAGCUGAAAGAAGAGCAUACAGCAAUCUUGGAAAUGCAUACAUAUUUCUUGGUGAAUUUGAAAUGGCCUCUGAAUACUACAAAAAGACACUGCUGUUGGCUCGGCAGCUGAAAGACAGAGCUGUGGAAGCACAGUCUUGUUACAGCCUCGGAAACACAUACACGCUGCUUCAAGACUAUGACAAGGCCAUCGACUACCAUCUGAAGCACUUAGCAAUUGCUCAGGAGCUAAAAGACAGAAUUGGUGAAGGAAGAGCGUGUUGGAGCUUAGGAAACGCCUACACAGCCCUAGGAAAUCAUGAGCAAGCCAUGCAUUUUGCUGAAAAGCACUUGGAAAUUUCAAGAGAGGUUGGGGACAGAAGCGGUGAGCUGACAGCGCGGCUGAAUCUCUCAGAUCUCCAGAUGGUUCUCGGUCUGAGCUACAGCACAAAUAAUUCAGUAAUGUCUGAAAAUGUUGAAAUUGAUGACAACUUGCACGGUGCACGACCCAAGUUUGGACGCCGACACAGUAUGGAAAACAUGGAACUUAUGAAGUUAACACCAGAAAAGGUACAGAACUGGAACAGUGAAAUCCUUGCUAAACAAAAACCUCUCAUUGCCAAACCUUCUGCUAAGCUACUGUUUGUCAACAGAUUGAAGGGGAAAAAAUACAAAACUAGUUCCUCCACUAAAGUUCUCCAAGAUGCCAGUAACUCUGAGCACCGAAUUCCAAAUUCCCAGAGGAAACUCAGUGCAGAUACUAUUGGAGAUGAAGGGUUUUUUGACCUGUUAAGCCGAUUUCAGAGCAACCGGAUGGAUGAUCAGAGGUGCUGCUUACAAGAGAACUGUGGGACAGCUUCAAGCGCAGCUCCGUCCACUCCCCCGAGAGUGAUGCUAAAAACACCAUCUGUGUCCGUGGUGUCCCCCAACACGGAUGAGUUUCUAGAUCUUCUUGCCAGCUCACAGAGCCGCCGCCUGGACGACCAGAGGGCCAGCUUCAGUAAUUUGCCAGGCCUUCGUCUGACACAAAACAAUAACCAGUCAGUCCUGGGCCACCUGAUGACUAAUGACAACAAGGAGCCUGAUGAAGACUUCUUUGACAUCCUUGUAAAAUGUCAAGGGUCCAGAUUAGACGAUCAAAGAUGUGCUCCACCACCAGCUGCCACAAAGGGACCAACGGUACCAGACGAGGACUUUUUUAGCCUUAUUUUACGGUCUCAGGCUAAAAGAAUGGAUGAACAGAGAGUUCUUUUACAAAGAGAUCAAAACAGAGACACUGCAUUUGGGCUGAAGGACUGUUUGCAAAGUGAUGCUCUGUUGGAAUUUAAAAAUUCAGGAAGAAAGGCUACAAAAACUCAGAGGCGGCUCUUUCUCAAAGAGGAGGUCAACAACCAAUUUCAUGUGCAAAGAACCAACUGGAAGCAGGGCCUUACUUGAAAUCAUUGCCAUGGC